AUGGCCAAUUUGUGGCAACCCCCUCUGAACUACCUCAACAGACCCGUCACCGUUUUAGGUGCUGGUGUUCUCGGUCGUAGGAUAGCAUGUAUCUGGGCGUCGGCAGGAUACAAUGUGAAGAUUCGGGAUCCCAGCGCACAGCAACGUGCCGAUGGCGUUGCGUACGUUGAGGAAAACGUGUCUUCGUACGCUCAAAAGACUGGAAAGUCUCCUGGAAAGGCAGAGGCGUUUGAAGAUAUUCAGACUGCUGUCUCGGAUGCAUGGCUUGUUAUAGAGGCUGUUCCGGAAAAGAUUCAGCUGAAGAUCGAUACUUUUGCCGAGCUCGACAUUCUCACACCUACCGACUGCAUCCUGGCUUCGAAUUCAUCUUCUUACAAAUCAUCCGAAAUGCUGGAGAAGGUGUGUGAUGCUAGGAAAACUCAGAUCCUGAACAUGCAUUACUAUAUGCCUCCGGAAUGCAUGAUCGUUGAGCUUAUGACAGACGGCCAUACAAACCCGGAGAUUUUCCCAUUCAUGGUUGCAAGGUCACGAGAAGCAGCGACAUUACCGUAUGUUGCAAGGAAAGAGUCUACAGGCUUCAUCUUUAAUCGUCUCUGGGCCGCUAUCAAGCGCGAGGCUUUGACCAUCAUGGCCCAAGGGGUAUCGGUUCCGGAGGAGAUUGACUCCAUGUGGACGGAAAUGUUCAUCAAAGGUGGCAUGGCGCCUUGCCGAGCCAUGGAUAAUGUUGGUCUUGAUACGGUGGCUUUCAUAGAGAACCAUUAUAUCGCAGAGCGUGGCUUAUCCCCUGAGUAUACUGUCGACUAUUUACAAAGCAACUUCUUGGACAACGGGAAGCUGGGGACCAAAUCUGCUAAGGGUGGCCUCUAUGCUCCUUCGGAAGCCAAGCCCGCCACUAACGGUACCUCGAACGCGCCCAAAAUGCUCGUUCUGGAUGUUGGUCUUUCUGCUGCCGCACCGAGCAUGAGCUCAGGCGAAAUUCUCCAAUUUAGUCCCGGUGAAAAGAAGCCACAAGUUUUGGUCACGGGUCAAGCAUUGCCUGACGGUAUCGAUAUUGACCGUCCCAGUGGCCGUAUCUUCUGGUCUAACAUGGGCAUUCCGGGGAAGACUGAUGGAGCCAUUUACUCUGCCAACGCUGAUGGCACUGACAUUCGCACUCUUGUGGCUCCCGGCAUUAUCAACACCCCCAAGCAACUGAUUGUCGAAAGUUUGGACAAGAAAAUCUACUUUAGCGAUCGUGAGGGCCUUUCUGUUUACCGCUGCAACUUUGAUGGCUCUAAUCUGGAGUUAUUGAUCCAGAACGGCGAUCUUGAGAACCAGGAGCAUAGACAAGAUGUGUCGCGAUGGUGUGUCGGUGUCACCGUGGCCCCCAAGCUGGGCAAGUUUUAUUGGAGCCAGAAAGGCCCCUCAAAGGGCAGCCAAGGCCGGAUUUUCUGCGCAAACAUCGCAACGCCCGCAGGCCAGACGGCCGAAACAAGAGAUGAUAUCAGGUGUCUUUUGAAGGAUCUUCCCGAAGCAAUUGACCUUGAGGUUGACGAAGAGACCAACGCUCUCUACUGGACUGAUCGUGGUGAAAUUCCCUUUGGUAACUCCUUGAACAAGGUUCAACUGGAUGAGUUUGGCCUUACAUCAAAGUCUCUCUCUUUUGGAGAUUAUGAAGUGCUCACGAGGCAUCUCAAGGAGGCUAUUGGCCUGAAGUUGGACACCAGGAAUGGUCAUAUCUACAUGACUGAUCUCGGAGGCAACAUUUACCAGUGCGAUCUCGACGGCAAAAACAAGAGUGUUAUCUACUCGGAUGACUACAGAGCUUUUACUGGAAUCACUCUGUUGUGA